CACUUUUAAUCAGCAGCUCCGAUCAUGCACGACUAAAAAAGUCCAGGUGGAGGCUUCACUCACUUGAAUGGAGGCGUCAAACUAGUGCACAAGGAUUUACUUUCGCAACGUGAGUUGCUGCGAGAUUACUUGAACUCAUUGAAGUUUACACAAGGACAUCUGGCCCACGGAACCAACAUACACUCAACCAUGAUCAGAACAUCAGUAACUGUCGUCUGCCUUGCACUCCUUCUGUCCUGCAAUUGUCGGGCCAAGCCGAAUGGGUCAAAGAGUAAGAAACCAAAGCAAGUGGUUCCGGCCAUUGAGUGCGACGUCAGAGCCGGAAAGAUUAGUCUCCCGGAAUUUAUAGUCAAAUGCCCCUCGCACUGUCGGGAGACCAAACAACAGGUGUACGGAACAGCUGUGUUCGCUUCCAUCUCCAGCAUCUGCAACGCCGCCAUCCACAGUGGCAUCAUCACCAAUUCGGGAGGAAAGGUGAUUGUGAGGAAAAUGGCAGGCCAGAACAUCUAUAAAGGCAGCAACUCCAAUGGCGUACGCUCUCUGUCACUUCCGAAAUGGAGAGAAUCCUUUGUUGUCACAGAGGGGAAGCCCAAGAAAGGUGUGAUCUACCCAGCUACCCUUAACUUUGUUCCUUCAAGACCAACUUAUGUGAAGACAAGUCAAAAGGACAAAGCGCCCACUGCGCUUCCGACAACAGCAACACCUGCACCCACUACCACCACCACCACCACAACAACACCUGAACCUACCACAGUCGUCCCCACGACCCAGGCUCCCACUCCCACCACGACGCCUCCUCCCCCACCGCCCCCUACCACUCUCAAAAGCCGCACUGGCGUUCAUAAAGUCAGAGAUGCAGGCAGCGGCCACCCAUAUCUUGCCCAUGUAGCAGCUUCUAGUUCAAGGCAAUCACAGAGCGCUCAAGGCAAGAGUCCCAGCCAAGUAUUCCGUGGGAGCGCCUAUCCAAAUAGAUACCCACAGCGUGCCAACGCAGGUCUGCGCAGACCAGAGGCAGGUUCGCCUAUGAGGAGACAGUCGGCGUCUCCAGUUGGGCCGGCUUUUAACAGAGGUCAGCCGACCCCAAAGGAACGGACUCCAAUCAUGAGCCAAUCCAAUCCUGUUUUUCCAAGGAGGGACUGGGCCUCUCCGUCCUUCCCUCGUCCUGAGUGGUUCCCUGGUGCCAGACGAUCAUCAGAUGUUGUUUAUGCAGCCCCAGACUCAGGAUACACGUGGAGUGGAACGGACACACCGGAGAUGACAGUUCAGGAUCACAGGCCCGAUAUCUCAGACUUUGAGCGCUGGUAUUAUAACAUUGGAUCAUACCUGUCCCGAGCCACUGACUUGGAUGGCAACCGCCAAGCGCCGCUGGAUACAACCGCUACGAGAGUGGAAACAGUGGAUGAAUGGAGGCCUGACGCAAACCUAUAUCAAUCAGGCUUCAGCAUGAGAGAGCAGGCACCUGCCCCCAGAGCACCUGAAUCUGUGUCGCAGGGAGACCCAGACUGCAAGGUGGAUCUGGUAUUCUUGAUGGACGGGAGUUGGAGCAUUGGGAAGCGGCGUUUUAAGAUCCAAAAGGACUUCCUGGCCGAGGUGGCUCAGGUCAUCAACAUUGGUGUGGCUGGACCCAUGAUGGGCGUCGUUCAAUACGGAGACGACGCUGUCACAGAGAUCAGCCUAAAAAGUCACUCCAACUCCAGAGACGUGAAGACGAGCAUCGUCAAGAUUGUCCAAAAGGGAGGCCUCUCCAAUGUGGGUAAGGCCCUGUCCUACAUCAACAAGCUCUACUUCAGUGACGCCAACGGGAACCGAGGAGGCGCUCCAAACGUUGCCGUGGUGCUGGUGGACGGCUGGCCCACAGACAAGGUGGAGGAGGCGUCCCGGCUGGCCAGAGAGUCCGGCAUCAACAUCUUUUUUGUCACCAUCGAGGGUGCCGAUGACAACGAGAAGCAAAACCUAGUGGAGCCAAAUUUUGUAGACAAGGCCGUGUGUCGCACAAACGGCUUCUACUCCUUGCCCGUGUCCAGCUGGUUCGCUCUGAGGAAAACCGUGCAGCCUCUGGUGAAGCGAGUGUGUGACACAGACCGACUAUUUUGCAGCAAAACCUGCCUCAACGCCAAUGACAUCGCUUUCGUCAUCGAUGGCUCCAGCAGCGUGGGCACGGGCAAUUUCCGCACCGUGCUGCAGUUUGUGGCCAACAUCACGCGAGAGUUUGAGAUCUCCGACACGGACACGCGAGUGGGCGCCGUGCAGUACACCUACGAGCAGCGGCUGGAGUUCUCCUUUGGCCAGCACAACACCAAGGCCGAGGUGCUCAACGCCAUCAAACGCAUCGACUACUGGAGCGGCGGCACCAGCACGGGAGCUGCCAUCACUUACGCCGCCGAGCAACUCUUCAGCAAGUCCAAGCCCAACAAACGCAAAAUAUUGAUCGUUAUCACAGAUGGACGCUCAUAUGAUGAUGUCAGAGCACCUGCGCUGGCAGUGCAUAGCCAAGGUGUGAUCGCCUACUCCAUCGGCAUCGCCUGGGCCGCCCAGGACGAAUUGGAGUACAUCGCUACGGACCCAGACAAGGAGCACUCUUUCUUUGUGGAUGAGUUUGACAACUUGUACAAAUUUGUGUCCAAGAUCGUCCAAAACAUCUGCCAAGAGUUCAACUCUCAGCCCAGAAACUGAGGGCGAAACACGGUGGGCUGUUCUAUCGGAACACUGACUUUUAACUUACUUUUUCCGCUAGCCACAUGUGCCGCAUUCAUUGACGUAUUUGAACAGAGGGGAGCAUUCUACUACGGAACACAUUUUUGAGAAUCGGUAUUUGUUCCCCUACCAGUGGUGCUAAUAAUAGAGACAUAGUGUAUGUGCUACUCGUCUUUUGGCUGCAUUGAAGAAAGCAGCACUGUCCUACAUGCCUAAUCUUUUUCUGAUGUGCCACUCUCUAAUCACCUUUUAUGAACAGUACCACUCAAUCCAAGGGUUUCUACCGAACAUUACAAUGUAAGGAAGACAGCAUUAUCUCAUGGGAUGUAUUAAUCAAUGUAAUAGAAACCAUUUUUUCCACCAAUAUGAAUCACCAAUUUGAAUGAACUGAUCCAGAAAAACUCGAAUAAUCCGUACAAGAGCAUUUCAUAGUAAAACUCAUUAGACUUAACAAACAGAAAAACAAAAGGACUACAUCAAUCAGAGGGUGAAUUCCUAUGUCAUUUAAAACCAUAGUACUGUGAUGCCUUUUGUUUACAUUUGUUGUAGACUGUAAUUAUAAUGAAAUGUUUCCCUAUGUGUAGUGGCUCUACAAGAAUGCGUUUCGCUUGUUGAAAUGACUGAAUUGAACAUUCCAUAUUUUUAUGUAUAUUAAGACGCGCCUGUAAAGUCUGUGUAGCAUCAUAAUGGCAACUGUUUAUAAUCGGUGGAUUAUUUGAAGGUGGUACCAAAAUGCAAGUCUACACGAUCUAAUUGUGAUGUGGUUCUUGCAGAAAGGCAUUCAUCUCUUGAGGCUUCCUUGCGCUUUCUGUGGAGGUGUGUUUUCUUCCUAAAAAGAGAGAUUUGUUAGUGGGGACAUUGUGUCAGUUCCUUUCGCAGACUAUUCGUCAUUGGCAUGCUGCAUUAUUCCCUUAACCUUGCGGUCACUUUUAAACAUCUGUUGUUUCAAGAGUAUUUAUGAUUGUCUCCCUAUUUGUACAUAUUCAUAUAAAAGCAUUUGCUUACAAUGAUCUUUUUUUUUUUUUUUUGCAAGUUUUGAUAAAAUAAAGAAAAUGAAGAAAACAUUCAA